CAAGUUGAAAGAACAAGGACGAGUCUGUAAACGAUGGAGGGGUGUCUGCAGAGAGGGAUCGGAGAGAGAGAGGGAGCAAAGAGUGGAUAAAACCGAACAGCAGCUCUGGCUCAGUCACAACUCCUCAGUGCCAGACAAAGGCAGCAGCCCAAAACCCACACACACAUUUAAAGAAAAAACCCAGACUGUUUCCGGAAGAAUCUCCUGCAUUCUGAGCUGAGUUUUGGAUGCUCUGACUUGCCUUUACCUCUGGAGCUGAUUGUGUAUCAGGAUUUAUUCUCUAACUUGGGACCGUUGAUGGACUUCAGCAGUGGGAAAAAUCUCCAUUGGAUUUCCUUUCCUGUCUUGUGGCUGCACACAAUGCUUCACUCGUAGUUCAGUGAGGCAUAGCUACCUGCUGGUUUUAGGAUGACUGCUACCAACACUUUAAUGCUGCAGAGUUUCUUGUAAUUGUGUGAAUGUGUGUGUAUCAGGAUGACUGUUCCAAUGCUCAAGAUUGGUGCUGUGCUCAGCACCAUGGCUAUGGUAACUAACUGGAUGUCCCAGACUUUGCCAUCGCUCGUUGGACUCAAUGGAACCAUCAUCUCCCCUGAUGGCACACACGAACGGAUCAUCAGUGGAUUGUACCCUGGCUCAGAGGAAGGCUGGCAAGUGUACAGCACGGCCUCAGAUCCGGACGGCCGGUGUGUGUGCACGGUAGUCGCCCCAGCUCGAAACCUGUGCAAACGAGACCCUCGGAACCAACAGCUACGCCUGCUGACUGAACAGGUGCAGAAUGUGAGUCAGUCCAUGGAGGUGGUGGACCUGCGAACAUCAAGAGACCUUCAGUAUGUUCGAGACUCUGAGCCGCUGCUGAGGGGAGUUGAUGGUCACUUACACACGUAUGUGGCCAGUCCCCGCACUCUAACUUCUAAGACCCUCCAGGAGUUAAAGGGCCAGAUGUCUCAGCUGCGGCCCCUGUUGUCGGUGGUGGAGCAGUACAGAUUGGACUUGCAGAUGCUGGCCACUUUGCGAAUGGAGCUGCUCAACCUAUCGAUCAUCCUGACAGCCAUUCAGGAGGAGGUUGGAGCAUACGACUAUGAAGAACUUCAGCAACGGGUGUUACUGCUGGAGACCAGGCUGCACAGCUGCAUGAACAAACUGGGUUGUGGUCGCCUGACUGCAGUUAGCAACCCGAUCACUGUGAAAUCGUCAGGGUCUCGCUUUGGCUCCUGGAUGACUGACGCCAUGAUUCCCAGCUCUGACAGCAGGGUGUGGUCAAUGGAUGGCUACUAUAAAGGCAGGCGUGUGCUAGAGUACAGGACCAUGGGAGACUUUACGAAAGGCCAGAACUUUGUCCAGCACCUGUUGCCCCAUCCCUGGGCAGGAACUGGCCAUGUGGUCUACAACGGCUCACUCUAUUACAACAAGCACCAGAGCAACAUCCUGGUUCAGUACCAUUUCCGUUCUCGCAGUGUGUUGCUGCAGCGCAGUCUGAGUGGGGCUGGAUACAACAACACCUUCCCUUACAGCUGGGGAGGAUCAUCUGACAUCGACCUGAUGGCUGAUGAGACGGGACUGUGGGCUGUCUACACCUCCAUCCCAAAUGCAGGAAACAUAAUGGUUAGUCGCCUGGACCCUCGUUCCCUGGAAAUCCUCCAAAGCUGGGACACAGGCUUCCCAAAGCGCAGUGCUGGGGAGGCCUUCAUGAUCUGUGGCACCCUGUAUGUCACCAACUCUCACCUGGCUGGUGCCAAAGUCCACUUUGCCUACAACACCAACACCUCAUCAUACGAAUAUACUGACAUCCCUUUUCAUAACCAGUACUCCCACAUCAGCAUGAUGGACUACAACCCCAGAGAAAGGGCACUGUACACCUGGAACAAUGGGCACCAGGUGCUCUACAAUGUUACCUUGUUCCAUGUCAUCCAGAGCGAUGGCUAAUAUGACUCAAUAGAAAAUGAUAAAAAUGUAUUUGAUACUGCAAGUUAAAACACGCACAGACACAGACUUUGGUCUUUCACAUUGUGUUUAAAUCUGAAUGACCUACAGACACAGUAUGUUAUGGGACCACUUCCCUGAAGGCCACAGAUGAGUUUUCAUCACAGCACUAAUGCUGGAAAGAGAUUUGGCAGUUUUUAGCUCUGUCUUAUUUCAUUCUAUUUUAUUCCAUUUAUAUAUCAUGAGGGAAUAAGAUGGAGUGGAGGGUUGGGGGGGAGUAAAACAUAAAUACAGACAGAAAACAGGAUUUUACGUCACUUUAGCAUCAAGUUUUGACAAUGAGCCUGUUGGAGAUAUUCGGGACUUGUAAUGUAAUUUGUGGACAUGUUUAGUCAGCAUGGUUGUUCAAUCAAUAAACUUUACUGUUAAAUCUUGC